AUGCUUGUCACUCAUAGCUUGGAUGCUAGUAACUAUUACUCAUGGGCUCGGUCAAUGAAGAAAGCAUUAAGAAUAAAAAAUAAGCUCAGCUUCAUUGAUGGAAGUCUAUGUGAAGUAACUGACAAAAAUGACCCCCUCAUGGAACAUUGGCUGCGUUGUAAUGACAUUGUGAUUACUUGGAUGCAAAAUGCCAUGGCUAUUGACAUCAAGGUCAGCACAGUGUAUGUAGAAACAGCACACCAACUUUGGCUUGAGUUAGAACAAUGUUUUGCUCAACAAAAUGCUACUCGGAUUUUUGAGAUCAAGCAUGCUAUAACCAUGCUUAUGCAGAACCAAGAUGUUGUAAGUGUUUACUUUUCCAAACUCAAAACUUUGCUAGAUGAACUUUCGAACUAUGAGGCCAUCCCUAGUUGCAGUUGUGGAGGCCUAAAAACAGUUGUACAAAAUCAACAAAGGGACUGGGUUAUGAAAUUUUUAAUAGGUUUGAAUGAUUCCUAUAAGGGAAUCAAAGCUCAAAUCCUCUUAAUCAAACCCUUCCCUAGUCUUAAUGAGGUUUAUCCCAUAAUACAACAAGAAGAGAAAAAAAGGGAAAUAUCUACUGAGGGACCUGUUCAUGACUCCAUGGCGAUGUUUAUUCGAAGAAACUACAAGGAGGGUGGUCAUACUGCAAACAAAUGUUUUAAGCUUCAUGGAUACCCAUCAACUCACAAGUUUGAUGGGAGGAUUAGAUCUUCAGCAAAUCAAGCCACUGCAUCUCUAGCUUCUGUAGAGGAUUUGGUAAAUGACAACUCGGGCUAG